UCCACACAGAAAAACAAAAAAAAAAAAGAACAGAGGCAGAGUAUUAAGUAACCUUUUUCCAGCCUACUUAAACUUCCUAAGGAUAUAUAACAAAUGGCGUCCUGGCUUCUCUUUUCUGUGUUCUCUUUUGUUCUUCUUCUUCCUGAACCUGCAGUUGGGAUUACUAGGCAUUAUACGCUGGACAUAAAAAUGCAUACCGUGACACGUCUUUGCCACACAAAGAGCCUUGUUUCUGUAAACGGGAAGUUUCCAGGGCCUAAGAUUAUUGCUAGAGAAGGUGACCAGCUUCUGAUCAAAGUUGUUAACCAUGUCCCAAACAAUAUCUCUCUCCACUGGCAUGGGAUCAGGCAAUUAAGGUCUGGUUGGGCUGAUGGGCCAGCUUACAUAACCCAAUGUCCUAUUCAGACAGGGCAAAGCUACCUAUACAACUACACCGUUGUUGGUCAAAGAGGCACUUUAUGGUACCAUGCUCACAUCUCAUGGCUCAGAGCAACGGUCUAUGGUCCUCUUAUCAUUCUUCCCAAACACGGUGUUCCUUACCCCUUUCCCAAGCCUCACAAAGAAGUUCCCAUGGUCUUUGGGGAGUGGUUCAACGCAGACACUGAGGCAAUCAUCCGCCAAGCAACGCUGACAGGAGGUGGUCCUAAUGUCUCUGAUGCUUACACAAUCAACGGUCUUCCUGGUCCACUAUACAACUGCUCAGCUAAAGAUACAUUCAGACUGAGAGUGAAGCCAGGGAAGACAUACCUUCUCAGGAUAAUCAACGCUGCACUUAAUGACGAGCUCUUCUUCAGCAUCGCAAACCACACGGUCACAGUCGUUGAAGCUGAUGCCGUCUACGUCAAACCAUUCGAGACUAACACCAUCUUGAUCGCUCCUGGCCAGACCACAAACGUCCUGCUCAAGACCAAACCGAGUUACCCUAGCGCCUCUUUCUUCAUGACCGCUAGACCAUACGCCACAGGUCAGGGGACUUUCGAUAACACCACAGUCGCAGGCAUCUUAGAAUAUGAACAACCUAAACAUGCAAAGACCAAUAUAAAGAAUCUUCCUCUCUUCACACCGGUGCUCCCCGCUUUAAACGAUACAAACUUUGCUACCAAGUUCAGUAACAAGCUGCGUAGCUUGAACAGCGAGAAGUUCCCGGCGAACGUGCCUCAGAAGGUUGAUAGGAAGUUCUUUUUCACGGUGGGACUGGGGACGAACCCUUGUAACCAUAAGAACAACCAGACGUGUCAGGGUCCUACUAACACCACAAUGUUUGCUGCAUCGAUCAGCAACAUCUCAUUCACACUGCCAACGAAAGCUCUCCUUCAGUCUCACUACUCUGGGAGAUCUGAUGGAGUGUAUUCUCCAAACUUCCCGUGGAAUCCUAUUGUUCCUUUUAACUACACAGGCACUCCGCCUAACAACACCAUGGUUAGCACCGGGACGAACUUGAUGGUUCUGAGGUAUAACACUAGUGUGGAGCUUGUGAUGCAGGAUACUAGCAUUCUUGGGGCGGAGAGCCAUCCUCUUCACCUUCAUGGGUUUAACUUCUUUGUCGUUGGCCAAGGGUUUGGGAACUUUGAUCCGAAUAAGGAUCCUAAGAAGUUUAAUCUUGUUGAUCCGAUAGAGAGGAACACAGUUGGUGUGCCUUCUGGUGGAUGGGCUGCUAUUAGGUUCCUUGCAGAUAACCCAGGAGUGUGGUUCAUGCACUGUCACUUGGAAGUACAUACCAGUUGGGGUCUGAGGAUGGCUUGGCUUGUUCUUGAUGGAGAUAAGCCUGAUCAGAAACUUCUGCCUCCUCCUGCUGACUUGCCCAAGUGCUGAUAAAUCUUGCUAUCUUUUUUGUUUCUGGUCUCUUCUUUCUUCCAAGCUUCAUGUAUUUGUUUCUUUUUUUUUUUGUUUACGGCCAUUUAUCAGUUUGACAUGAGGUCAAUGUCCUGUUCAAUAAUUUGACAUGAGGUCAAUUUAUGUUUCUGUUGCAAAGCUCUGUUUUCUGUAACUGUAGAUCUGUGUGCCAUGCUAUAUAUAUAAACAAUUUAAUUUGCAAA